AUGCAAACUAAGAACCUCACGUAUGUGACAGAAAUCAUCUUAGUGGGACUCUCCAACCACCGACAGACACAGAUCCCUCUCUUUUGCGUGAUCCUGCUCAUGUACUUGCUUACUGUUGGAGGGAAUCUACUGAUUAUCCUUUUGGUGAGAACCAGCUCCCACCUCCAAACCCCCAUGUACUUCUUUCUGAUGCACCUCUCAGGACUAGAGAUCUGUUACGUCACCAGCACCUUGCCCCAGAUGUUGGCUCACCUGCAGUCUGGGAAUGGAACCAUGUCCUUCCCCCGUUGCAUGGCCCAGCUGUACGUUUCCUUGUCUUUAGGGGGUGCCGAAUGCGUCCUGCUGGGUGCCAUGGCCUACGACCGCUACCUGGCCAUCUGUCAUCCUCUGACAUAUGCCAUCAUCAUGGGCAGAUGGCACCAGUUGCAGCUAGCCUCAGUGUCCUGGGCCACUGGCUUCCUCUUUGCUUCGAUUAACAUGGUGUGCACACUCCGUUUGUCCUUCUGUGGCCCCAACCGUCUCAACCACUUCUUCUGCGAGCUGCCCAUGUUGGUGAAACUGGCUUGUGGCGACACUCACGUCACAGAGGCCAUCCUUUUCGUUCUGUCAACGGUGGCCUCGCUGGGCCCCCUGUCUGUUAUCCUGACUUCUUAUGGGCUCAUUCUGUCCACGGUGUUACGAAUGCCGUCUGCCUCAGGACGCCACAAGGCCUUCUCCACGUGUGCUUCCCACUUGGCCGUCGUCACCAUGUUCUACGGCACCAUCAUCUCGAUGUACUUGAUCCCCCGGUCGCACACGGCCCCUGAUCGCGACAAGCAAAUCGCUGUCAUUUACGUGGUGAUCACCCCUCUUCUCAACCCGAUCAUAUAUACUUUGCGGAACAAGAAUAUCCACAGGGCGGUGACGAAAGUGCUGCAAAGGAAGGUGUUCGCAUCAAAAUACUGA